GAGCUGCAGCUUAGAGGUGGAUAAAGUUCGUCUCCACGUUGGAAGUGAUAGAAAGUAUUAUCCCUAUUCAGGCGCUGUUUCUGGUUUUGAGGGAAGGAGGGUAAAUCAAAGCGGAUACUCGAGGUGUAAAAACACUGACCCUCGGCGGCGGGACAGCUACGGGGUUUUUUUUUUGUUCAUGAUCGCGAGGCUCACAAGAGAAAAGUUUUCUCAGGACGCGAAGUUGUCAAGUGAGUUGAACUUCAACAAUAGGCGGACUCUGUCACAAGACAGUUGAGAGAUAGGGAGUCACAGGACAUAUGUGACCAGCUGAACUUCUUUUCUUUAAUGAGAGUAGACCUCCCUCAAGGUGAUAAAAACUUUAUGUCCAGAAAAAUGGAAGCGACUUUCUACGACGAAGCCGUGAAUGCUUCCAACUCUCAGCAUGACGGGACGACGGUGUAUGGGUUCAAUCCCAAAACCCUCAAACAGACCAUGACCCUGAACCUAAACGACCCGAAGAACUUCAAACCCCAGCUGAGCUCCAAGGCCCUGGACAUCCUGACGUCCCCUGAUGUCGGGCUGCUGAAGCUGGCCUCGCCUGAACUGGAGAGACUGAUCAUCCAGUCCUGCAGCGGGCUGACGACUCCCACCCCGACCCAGUUCGUCUGCCCCAAGAACAUCACAGACGAGCAGGAGGGGUUCGCCGAGGGGUUUGUGAGAGCACUGGCUGAGCUCCACUAUCACCAGCAGGGACCCGCCGUCCACCCCGACGCACAGGCCGGCGCGACCAGCAGCAUGGCACCCGGCCCUGCUGCGUCCGAGAGCGGCGGGGUUACCUACAGCUGCACGGUGCGCGCCGACCCGCCGGAGUACACAAACUUGGGCACUUUCAGGGGAGCUGUGGGCUCUGCGUCUGCACCUGCCAGCGAGAGGCACCCACCUAUGAAUUACCCAUCCGCCCCACAGCCGUCCCACAACCACAUGGACCACCAGCUGGCGGCAGCCCAGCACUCGCGGCUACACGCGCUCAAAGAGGAGCCGCAGACGGUGCCCGAGAUGUCCGGUGACACCCCGCCGCUCUCCCCCAUCAACAUGGAGAGCCAGGAGCGCAUCAAAGCGGAGAGGAAGCGCAUGCGGAACAGGGUGGCCGCGUCCAAAUGCCGGAAAAGGAAGCUGGAGAGGAUCUCUCGGCUGGAGGACAGGGUCAAAAACCUGAAGAGCCAAAACACCGAGUUGGUUUCCUCUGCCAACGUCCUCCGGGACGAGCUGGCUCUGCUCAAGCAAAAGGUCAUGGACCACGUUAACAGCGGCUGCCAGCUCAUUUUGACGCAGCAGCUCCAAGCUUUCUAGACUGCCGAGAGGAAAAGAACCAAGGGACAUUUCUUGGGGACCAAAUGCAGCUUAAAGUGGGCCCGUUGGGCUUUGCGGGAGGAGUCCCUGUGUCUCAUUUCAUUUUUCCACCAAAUUAUCCGCUCAGGCUGCACCCACAAAGGGCAACGAAUGGAGACUGACAUGAUACUUGUAAUUGGUCAGUAUGAUGAAAUAUUACAGAGCAGAGGCCACCAAACUUAUGGCAAGGACGCACACAGCUCAGAGGGGACAUUUGCUCCAAAUAACCUUUUGAUGUGACUUGGCACUUCAGUCUUUCUUUUCCAUUCAAAACUACAAGAUCAAAUUGAGUCAAUCCAAGGUAGCAUGGCAAGUGCCCAUACCUUAUACUAAUUUUAAAUUGAUAAAGUCCCAUGCAGUCCUGACAGAGCCUGCGUGGGAUCAAAUUGCAAAGGGGACAGAAACACAAUGUGAACGAGGCCAUGGCCCUGCAAAUAUCCCACUAUGUCAAGUAGCAGUUUAUGCAUAUAGACUUGAGUCGAGCACUGAGCAUCCCACCAGCGACUAUACAGUAUGUACAGAGUAACACUAAAAAAAAAAAAAAAGUUUCACACCUUUACCCAAGGACUCUUAUAGGUGUGUGUGUAGCGUUUACUGACAAAACUGCCUUACUUUCUUAACCCUUAUGUUCAUACAAGUUUGUGAUAAUAGGUGUAACUAAUGUUAGACCUGAAAUAACACUUUGUAAUAUUUGUACGCUGUAUUUUGAGCACUUCAGAACUGUACAUAUGACAAAAUAAAAUGUUGGACACGC